CCAUUUGUCCGUAUAGUCGUACACGACCCUUGUCAAAUGCACUCCAUUUUUUUUUUGGAUUUGGGAGGAAAAUAAGUUUCUUUCUUGGCGGGCAGUCUCAUUGACAAUUCGUAACUUAUUGUAAUCUCUUUGCAUUUUGCUGCACAUUCCCCUCCCAAAUUAGGAGAGAGAAAAGGGGUUCGAUAAACUCUGCAUCAUCUUCUACAUUCACAUAUUUUCAUCUGGUGUUAGGGUUUUUGGGGGCUUGGAAGUUUAGCUGCAAUUCUCAUUUCACAACACCUGCUGGUGCUGCUUUAAUGGCGUCAAGGCGCAACGUGAAAUACUCUCGUCUUGACACUGAUGAGGAUGGAGGAAACAAUUACAGUGAUGAUGGCAAUAUAAAGGGACGAAGAAGACAAUAUGAUGCUCGGUUUGAUUACACACCGAAGUACCUAGAUAAAGUUCCAUGGAAAUCAAUUCUUCUUGCACUCUUCCUUCUCUUACUCGGUUCAUUUCUUCUUUUUCUAUCUUUUUUCAUUUUCACUGGUCAUAUGGGAGGGGAGCGGUCUCAAGCAUAUGGUCUUCUUGCACUUGGAUUUCUUACUUUCCUUCCAGGAUUUUACGAAACCCGGAUUGCGUAUUAUUCAUGGAGAGGUGCUGCCGGGUAUCGUUUUGCAGCCAUCCCUGACUACUGAGUCUCUUAUAGUUAUCCUUGAAGAUCAGCAAAUCUGGUUCAUGAAUCCAUUUUGUUUCUUCUAGUUUGUUUCUUGAUGGUAUAAUGCAUGCCUGUUGUAUAGAGCACUAACUCAUUUAUAGGAGUUUUGUACUUGUACUAGCAUUCUGUACUCUUUUAGGAGAUAACAAAAACGCUGUACUUAUUGUUGGCAUCCACGAUAUGUAGCUUGUUUUCGCGGUAUCUGGACAUUCUCAUAUAAAGACUAAAGUGUGUUUUGUUUCA